AUGGCGACUACUUGUAUUGACAUCGACCCCAUUGGCGAUCUCGUCAUCGAGAUUGAGAAUGAACGCCUCCGAACAUCCUCCAAGGUUCUCUCUCUCGCCUCUCCGGUGUUUGCUGCCAUGCUCAGGCCAGGUUUCAGAGAAGGGACGGUCCAAAAUACAGAGGAUAACCUUCGCGUCGUCCCUCUGCCAGAUGAUGAUCUCGAAGCUUUCAAACUGGUCUGUAGAGUCAUCCAUUUUCAGCUUGAUCAGAUCCCACAAGAGCUGGAAAUCGACUCCUUGGAGAAGCUGGCCCUGGUCUGUGACAAAUACCAAUGUACCGUUGCCCUGAGACACUGUGCGGCACUCUGGCUGCAGAGCCUUUCAGACACUUACGUCGCCGCGCAGCUGAAUAGACAGCUGCUGGUUGCUUAUCUUCUGGACCUGCCCACCGCAUUUUCGGAUAUCUCGUGGAGGUUGAUGCAGUCACAAGCCGGGCAAUUUGACGUAUUACCCGGUCUCACGGACCACCCCACCGUCCCUAGCUCUCUACUGGAUGUGCUCAAUACCAGAAGAAUCGAGAUCAACCGCAAGAUGGAGAAAAUUAUCAUGCAGCCUGUCUCGCGCCUCUUGAACUGUUCCUGUCGAGCUUCGUCCGAGGGAGUGACAAAGUAUCUCACUACCUUGCGAAAGGAAGCGAUUGCACCCUACGAAGAAGGCUUCGAGCACCUGAGUCUACUCAAAGUCGUCGAUAAAGUCUCGAACCUGCCAAACAGCCUCGCAGGAGAGUCGUCUUGCACCAAUGGCUCAUAUUCCCGCUGCGAACUCGCGGCUUCUCGAGACGGUUCAAUGAAGAGAAAGCUUACAAAGGACCUAUCAACUUUGAUGGAUGCUGAGCCUGGUCUCUGUCUUGAUUGUUUGCAACUCAUGGGUAUCGAAAAGGGGGAUCACGAUGAUAGGUGA